AUGUUCGACUUGACCGGGCGGGUAGCCAUAGUCACCGGCGGCAAUGGUGGCCUGGGCCUCGCUAUGGCCUUGGGGUUGGCCGGGGCGGGCGCCAACAUUGUCGUUGCCGCCCGCAACGCGGAAAAGACCGCCCAAGCCUGCGCCGAGAUCGAAGCCUUGGGCACGAGAGCGGUUGGGCUUGGAGUUGAUGUCAUACAGGAAGCGGACAUCUUGCGAAUGGUGUCCCAGACUAUAGAGGCUUUCGGCAGGGUCGAUAUCCUAGUGAACAACGCCGGCAUGACGGUGCGCAAGGAACCCCAGGAUCUGGAAACAGGGGAAUGGGACCAAGUAUUGGAUGUCAACCUGCGGGCCGCCUUCCUGGGAGCCAGAGCCGUCUAUCCCCACAUGAAGAGCCAGGGCGGGGGCAAGAUAGUCAACAUCGGGUCCAUGUUCUCUAUCUUCGGGGGCGGCGGCAGCGGCGCACCCUACUCGGCCAGCAAGGGCGGCAUUGUGCAGUUGUCCAAGAGCCUUGCGGUGGCGUGGGCCAAGGACAACAUCCAGUCCAACGCCAUUCUGCCCGGCUGGUUUAUGACCGACCUCACCGCAGCCGUCCCGGAGCAGCAACCGGAGCGGUACGACCUCAUCAGCCGCCGCAUCCCCUACGGCCGCUGGGGAGAGCCGGAGGAUCUGCAAGGGGCAGCAAUCUUCCUGUCAAGCUCGGCGUCGGACUAUGUGACCGGCGCGGUCCUGACGGUAGAUGGGGGCUACUCGGUGACGUAA